GUGACGUCAUAUCCGCUCUGGGCGGCAGCAGCAGCAGCAGCAGCAGCUUCUUUCUCAGGCCGGGAAACUGACAACAAGCGAAAAAGAAAAACAGAGAGAAAUCUCCAUCCAUCCUGCCUAGUUUCUCUAUCCGGUGGAAAUAUACAGAUAUAUGUGAUCUAAAGCAACAGUCAAACGUUCAAUCGAAGCAGACGGUACUGAGGAAGAGGUGCAAAGAAAAAUUUCCAUACUCGAUGACAUUACAUCGCAAUGUCAGAUCGUUUGGGGCAAAUAACCAAGUCCAAGGAUGGGAAAAGCAAGUAUUCAUCACUCAGCCUAUUUGACAAGUACAAAGGAAAGUCAAUAGAAACUCAGAAAACCACAGUUGUUGCACGACAUGGCUUACAGAGUCUUGGCAAAGUGGCCGCUGCCCGGCGCAUGCCCCCUCCCGCUCACCUGCCGAGUCUGAAGUCUGAGAGUAAAGGAAACGAUCCCAACGUGAUUAUCGUGCCCAAAGACGGUACAGGAUGGGCAAACAAGCAGGAUCAACCCGAUCCAAAGAGUUCCGUUGCUUCAUCAGCACAGCUGCCGGAGUCGCAGCCACCGCUGGCUUUACAGAAAUCUGUCUCCAAUCUUCAGAAGCCCAUGCCAAUAACCAGCCACGAGAGCACAAGUACAGGUGGACCAAAGCAAUGGGCACAGCUCAAUGGAAAGGCAGUAGAUCAAGAUGGUUUAAAGGUCUCAAGCCGACUGCAGCCCUUCUCUCACGAGGAAUUUCCGACGCUGAAAGCAGAAGGCGAACAGGACAAGGUUGGCAAGGAAAGAAGCGUCUUCGAUCCGUCGUAUGGGCCCGGACCAAGCCUCCGCCCACAGAAUGUGUCAAGCUGGAGGGAGGGUGGUGGGAGGAACCUGCAACCCCCAGUGCUGUCUGCCACUCCACCCUGCACAGACACGGACACCAAGAGCAGCGGUCCAGCUGAGACCACCACUCCUCCUCCUCCUCCCUCCUCCUCCUCCUCCUCCACUGCUGCUGCUCAGUCCACUGAUGUGAAGGAGCCAUCGCAGCGGCCUGCUCCACCUGUGCAGCGCAGAGCCGCCCCAUCAGCCCUCCAGUACCAGCACCACACCACCACCACCUACCACGACAUGCUGCCUGCGUUUAUGUGCCCUAAAGAGACUCGUGAUGCCCCGUGCUCCUCGGAUCACGGCCCGACCACUGUGGUUGCUCCUGUGCGCUUUGAAUCCAGGUUGACUCUUAGACCAGCAUUCCCUGCGCCAGAACCCGUCAAUGGUGAUAUAAGAAGAGAGACACGUGUCCCCCGUGUCCCCCCACGCCCCUCAGCUCGCCCCAUCCGCCGCCCAGGAGAUCGAGCUCCCCGUCCUGCCAUAAUCAACCCUGAGGACCUGAAGGACCUCGAUGAACUGGACAAUGACUGUGAAGACGGCUGGGCAGGUCUCCAUGAGGAGGUGGAUUAUAGCGAGAAGCUCAAAUUCAGUGAUGAUGAGGAAGAUCAUUCCCCCUGUGAGAAGAACAGAAUCUGGGAUGACUGGGAUAACCAUCACGACCAGCAUUUAUCUCAGAGCUCUGUUGACGGCCCGUUCCCACAGGAUGCAGAGGAGGAGUCAUACUCACGCCAGCCAGAGCUCCGAACCUCCAGGAAGCCCAAUGGACAAUUCUCCUCUACUGAAUCUCAGCAGAAGAAUAGUGGAAACGGUGAGUCUGCAGAGGAGCAGGAGGAGCCCCAGCGGCAGGCGCCUCCUCGUGGGAAGUUUGUCUCGGCCGAUCUCUCUGCUGUGGAGAGAGCGCGCAGACGGCGUGAGGAGGAGGAGAGGAGAGCGCGAGAGGAGAGACUGGCUGCCUGUGCAGAAAAACUAAAAAAACUGGAUGAAAAAUUUGGCAAAACUGAGAAAGCUGCACGCUCUGGAGAAAUGCUGAGAGAAGCAGACAGCAAGGAGCUGACUCAGUCUCCAGGCCGGACGUCAUCCAAGCACCCCCAGGAGGGCUGGCAGUACAACGCUAAAGAAGUGUCGGAUACACCAGCUGAGUCGUCCAGUCAGGAUUACAAAGAUGAAGGUUGUCACUACCACAAUGAUGACGAAGUUCCUGAGUCCACCUCUCCCCUCCCAGACUACGGCCGCCACCAGAAGCCUGUGCCGCCUCGCUUCCAGAAGCAGCACCAGCAGCAGGAGCAGGUGUAUAAGAUGGCUCCGUGGCAGCAGUCGGGUCACCCCACCCAGUCCAGCUCUGCUCACCCACAGAGAGGCUUUUACCCUCCUCAUGUCCUGGGCUUUGACCCGCGCUGGAUGAUGAUGCCUCCCUACAUGGAUCCUCGCAUGGCACAGGGAUGUUCUCCAGUGGAUUUCUAUCCUCCUGGCGUUCACUCAUCUGGUUUGGUGAAACCUGUCAUUCAGCAGGAUCACCUGAAUAGCCCUGGUUCCACCUCUGAUGAAGGCUGCCAUCCCAGCGUGCAUCAGGAGAGGAGGGCGCCAUCCACUGAGUCUUACCAAGUGUGGAACCAAGACAGCUACUCGUCUGCGCGCAGUUUCACCCCACCCUACCAGAGACAGCAUGACAAUGGCGACAGGGCUCAGGUGGAUGACAGGAGUGACCGGCCAUUCUCCAGACAUGACUCAUAUGAAGACCGAGGUCAUGACCCUGCAGACAGUCCAGCAGAGGAACUGCCCCAUCAAGGCUUCCGGCAAGGCAGAGGCUCAGACGUGUCGUUUGGGUCACAGCGAGAAGUUACCCACGAGGGAACCAAUCAACCAUUAGUAAUCAGCAGGACCCAUCCUGGAGACAGUGAGCACAGGGACGUCUCCUCUGGUAGACAGCAGAAAGAAGGCACUGAUACUCAUGAUGAGGCCUUCGACAACAAGGACAAGAGCUACGACUCUGAUAUCUGGAAGAAAGAUGUGGGUAGUCUGAGGAAAGACGGCAGCGGUCAGGCGCAGUGGUCCGAUCACUGUUCGAGCAGCAGCAGUAGCAUUAGUCAGCCAUCUGAAACCAGCAGCAGAACCCUUAGGAGGACAGGGCCCAUCAAGAAACCUGUGCUGAAGCCUUUGAAAGUGGAAGACAAAGAAAACGAGAAACCCAAAACUGAGCCCGAGGAGAAGCCUGUCCCAUACAGGCUGGAGAAGGAAGUGGUCACCAACGUCUAUGACCUGAAGAAAGAUGCCCCUCUUCUGUCUAACAGGCACUCCGUGCCACCCACCAAUCCCUCUCCUAUGGAAAAACACAUGGAAGCUCCCAAGGUGGAGAGAACGAGCAACCUGCCUGAAGAUUUGCACAAAGAGAACUACUGGGAUAGUGCGAAGAGUCAGUCUGUGGACAGCUCUGACAGCAGAGAUCCACCAGCACUGCGCCGCAACAACUGGAUAUUCAUAGAUGAGGAGCAGGCAUUCGCCGGGGCCAGGGGAGCGGGCCGUGGACGUGGCCGGGGCUUUAGAGAGUUCAAUUCUCGUGGUGGCACUCGUGGAGGACGGAGUGACAGCAACAGAGGAGCCUACAAUAGCACAGGUGCACAGAGGCCUGCACGAGGACGUGGUACUCGAGAUUUUAGGAGCGAAGAUCUGCAAAGAGGCAAACCCCGUAGACGCAAUGUGAGCGAGACGCACAGCGAGGCCUCAGAAUACGAGGAGCAGCCCAAGCGUCCGCGCCAGAAGGCCACUGAGAAUGGAGAGGCUUCGUAUCCUGCAUCUGGAGAGGUCAAGAGGGCCGAUAAGGAGUCGUGGAGAUCAAACAAGGUCUACACUGACGAUCAGAGUGGCAAUAGUGAUUCCAGGGACAAGACGAAAUCUGCUCGAGUCUUUGGAAGGUCAUUGCCCCCUCGCCUUAAUGCUGGAUACAACCGUGGGUUUGGCUCAAGGGAUAUUUCGACGUGGAGAGGGAGAGGAACCCAGUUUGGAAGCACUCCCAUGCAAGAGAACGGCUACAGUUUCGGUGCGGACUCCUAUUCCAAACGUUUGUCAGAACAUGAGGCCCUGAAGUACCCCUCUAAAUUUACAGGCUCCAUUGCAGAAAAUGGUGUCGAGGACAGAGAUGGGGGUUACUACAUUGAUAAUGAUAAUCCUGACAACCGGCCCCUGAGAAGGCGUCGUCCCCCACGCCAGGAUAAACCCCCACGCUUCAGGCGUCUGCGUCAAGAGCAUGAAGGAGGAGGUCAGUGGAAUAGUGAGGACUAUGUUAAUGGAGACGUUGCCAAUCAGUGGCCUGGACGUGCAAAGGGGGCAGAGGAGCACGGUCCCAACCGCUACUCCGGAGGACGGUCACAGGAGAUCACAGGUCAGGGUGAGGACUGGGAAACCGGCUCUGAGAACAGCGAUUUCAGUGACUGGAGGGAGAAACGGAGACAGCAUGGUGACGUGCUCGCAGAUACAGGUCACGGAGAACCUGGCUCUGAAAAGAGAGAGCUCUCCAAGCGGAGCUUUUCUAGCCAGCGGCCAGUGGUCGACAGACAGAACAGGAAGAGUGAUGCUACUGUGAUGGAAAACAACAAGACAGAAAUGCAGGCUAGUGCAGGUUCCUUCGGUAGAAACGAGAGCUGGCAGAAUGGUGUUACUUCCAACAACAAACGAGUUCCAGAAGAAUCGAUCACCGGCCUGAGCUCAGUGUGUGUGUACCGUGUAGAGCAGAACGACGACACCAGCACAACUGAAGCAACGGGGACGAUCAUAGAGAAAGACUUGAAACCCAGGAACAUGAAGGGGGACAUGACCGAAACCCUGUCCCAAUAUGACCUGAAUACUUACCCAAUUGAGAGUGACUCGGGAGCUUCUGUACCCAGUCCAGAAGUUUUCCAGGACGCUCUGUCCAAAAAACAGCGCCGCCCACAGGAUGACGAUCGCAGGAGGAAGGAUCAGGGCCCUCCAGGUUCGGUAAAGAAUAGAGCAAUUGCAUCGAAAAUGCCUCCUCGUUUUGCCAAGAAGCAGGGCAGUAUGUCCAUCGAGCAGACCGAGGAUGCACUGUCUGCCAACAGCUUGGGAACAGAAAUCUGGGAGACGAACAGCACAGCUCUGAGUGUCCAUUCAUCAGGUGGUGAUUCGUGGACAAAGCAGGUUUCCUACACAGGAAGUGAACCCAAUUCAGAGGAUUCAGAUGCAGGACCCGAGCAGAGUAAAGAACACAAACCCGGCCCCAUCGGCAACGAGCGCUCUCUGAAGAACCGCAAGGGCUCUGAAGGCAUGGACCGUCUGGAGGGACCCAUUACUCCUGUCAACGGAGUGGACAUUCACGUGGACAACGUUAUCCCUGUGCCGCCAAUUGAGUUUGGCGUCAGUGCAAAGGAUUCAGACUUCAGCCUUCCUCCAGGUUCCACACCAGUGCCUGUGUCCAACCCCGUCACCAAGCUGCAUGAUGCACUUGCUGGGAAUGCGGGCCUGACUCAAGCCAUCCCGAUGCUCCGCAGAGACCACCUACAGCCCGGAAUAAACCUCAACCCCAUCAGCUUUCCUUCAGCGGACCUCACUCUCAAGAUGGAGUCAGCACGUAAAGCCUGGGAGAACUCUCAGGCUCUUCCAGAGCAGGGCUCUCCGGGCGGCGUGGUCUCCGGCGCUCAGCCUGCCUGCAGUGUGGGCUCCUCCAGCGGCGUCAGCUACAGCUCCUUCGGCGGGGUGUCCAUGCCGCCCAUGCCUGUGGCAUCUGUCGCACCUUCUGUCUCCAUGCAAGGCAGUCACAUCCCUCCUCUCUAUCUAGACGGUCAUGUGUUCUCUAGUCAGCCGCGGCUCGUGCCGCCUUUGACUCAGCAGCCCAGCUACCAGCAGGCCACCGCUCAACAGAUCCCCAUCUCUCUGCACACGUCUCUACAGGCUCAGGCUCAGCUGGGUCUGCGAGGAGCUCUGCCUGUCUCUCAGUCUCAAGAGAUGUUCAGCUCCAUCCCUCCCUUCAGGUCUCCGGUGUACAUGCACCCAAACCUGUCUCAACCCAGUCCCAUGGUGCUCUCUGGUGGAGCUCUCAAAGGACCGUACUCUGCAUUUCCUGGCAUGCAGCCAUCAGACAUGGUCAAACAGCAGUCCGGAUCUCACUACCAGCCCAUGAACGGCAGCCAGCCACUGGUGUACGACGGACCCAUGAAUCAGGCAGCUGGGAUGGGCACGUCACAGCUCAUGGACUCGCAGCUCAUUCAGGUGACUAUGCCCAUGCCUGGAUCUCAACUGCGCUACGGCUCAGCCCAGCAGCACCUCCUCCUGCCCCAGUCCAUCCAGCUCCAGCAGAACCAGAACCUGUCUGUGGGAGCUCCACGCCGCAUGAUGCCUCCUGGAUCUCAGCCGGCUAUCAUGAGCGGCAACAGGGAGCCUUCCCAGAUGGACAUCAAGGGAUUUCAGUUCUCUGAUAAGCCCAACCACUCACCUGGAAUACCCAGUGGCUCCUACAGGUCUUGUGUCGGACUGUUUCUUCUCAGACCUGGUUCUGCUAGUCCCAGUGGCAAACCCUCUGGCCCCGGAGGCCCUGCAGUGGUUGUCUCGCUCCCAGGACAUUACACACAGCAGCAGGUGUCGGCUCCUCAGGGCAGUAUGGUCAUGCAUAUGAGGCCCCCCACCAGCGGCCCCUUCCCCAACCCCAUCCAACGGCCCGUCAUGCAGGUCAACAAGACUGUCAUCAUCCGUUCGCCACCCUACCCCAGUCCCGGGCGUGAACCACUUCACAGCACACCUCCCUCCAACCCUGAGCCUGCUGUGAAGGGCCCUGAGGACGGUGUGAAGGUGAGCCACCCACUGUGAGCAUAGGUGAAUGCCCUGCGUGAUGCUCGUCCGGCUGUCAGUGAAGCCAAGAGCUCAUCAGUGAUUCCCAACAAGAUCCAGGAGCAGCUGCCGUCAGUACAGGUCAAAGCUGCUCGAACCGGAGCCAUCAAACCACAGUCGGUCAAAGUGGAGGAAGGCAGAGCCUAAUAAUGGACCUCAUGAUCACAUGACACGGCUGUCUGUAGGACCUCCUCCUUCCUCUUUUCUCUCUCUCUGUACUCUGGGACUAACGCACAGGAUCACCAACUCCACAAAUAAAUCAGAACACAUUAUUAAUAAACAUCACAUAAAUAUAAAUGUAAACUAUAAAUAGACAAUAGUUUUGGACUCUUCUGCGCAGACUUUUCCAGAUCAACUUUAUUUAUUUACAUUUUAUUUGACAUUUUCAAGUGAAGAAUUAAGGUUCACAAAAGUGGCCAACAAACCCCAGUGUAUCUCACUCCCUCCAUCAACGUCUGCAAACAGAGGAACAGGAAGCGCAUCUCCUCUUCCAGCUCUCACGUCUCCACGCCCACAUUGCCAAACUGAGCCAUCUGAUUGGACUCGAGGUUUUGACUGACAUGCAGAUCAACAGAAGCUCCAGAGCUGCAGUGUGGCAGAAGUCAUUUUUACUGGGUACCAUGGAGUUUUAACUUUUUUAUAUAUACACAGAUAUAUACAUAUGUAUAUGUAUGUAUGUGUGUGUAGUAAUCAUGCCUAUUUGCUCUAUUAUAAAAAAUAAAACAAACUUUUAUUCAAUAAAAAAAAAACUUCAAACCCACAUUUGAGGACAUUGUUCAAUCCAAACAUGGAGGACAUGAACCUUUCUCUUAUACAGCAGCUUUUCAUGUGUUAUGCAAAUAGCAAGCAACAUUUGAUCCUUAAAGGUGGUGCUUGAGUGGUGGCGGUGUGUGGAUAAACAUGUAAUAGUCGGAAGCAUUAAGAAGCGCUCGGUCUGUGUUUGAUGUGAUCAGGCGGGUGGGAUAUAUGGCCACUUGUGUAAUGUGAGGACGUUUGUGGUGAUGUCAGUGGGAGUGUUGUGCUGUCAUGAACGCUGAUGGGAAAUGUUACAGUAUGUUGUUUAGUCUUUAUUUGAUUUGGUAGAGAAACCCUUUACCGGUCGAUCGCAGGAGUGCGAGGGUUGCACAAGCAAUAAACAGCCUAUCUGUAACCAUCAGGGUCCAAAUGUGUCUGAGAAUGAGUGCUCGUGUUGUCAAUGUUGCCAUCUCUGUGGGCUCAUGGGGAUCAUGACUAAAAAUAUGAAGUGCACAGGAAAUGUUGGUUUUGAUGGUCCUUCGUUAUACUACAGCUGUACAGAACUAUAACCAUCAGCACAUGUUCGUAAAACAAAGGAGCAUUAAUGAAAAUGCAACCUGUCCUUUUCCUUUGGUUGAACUGUUGGACAUGUGUAAUGCCUUUUUAAUUGAUUUCUGCAGUGCUCAUGGUUAUUUUAGAGGUUUAUUUGCUUGGGUGUUCAUUGGCGCUGUUCGAACACAUCGCCUUCAACAGUAAAAUUGCUUCUUGAUAAUUGCUGAAUAUCUGUACAGACUUAUUAUUGCCCUUUUGCUUUUUUUUUUUUUUGACCUGUAUUUAAGGGGCCAGCGAUGGAUUAACUCCCUUUUUUUUUUUUUUUUUAAAGGGUCUGUUUUUCCCUACAGAUAUUUAUCACUCAAUGUUGUUUAUCCUAUUAAAUGUAUUAUAUUUGCCCUUUUAUUUGAAAUGAUGAAGAGAGAAAUAAAGCAGAUUGUGCUUUUUUCAACAACAAGAACAAAAAUCUGUUUGUAUUCCCAUAACCCAUGAGCACUUAUUGAUGAGGCCAUUGCUGUGAUUUAAACAUUCAAGUGAUAUUGCAUCUAAGUGUUUUUCUGGAUUUUAAAUACAUGUUGAGAAAUCUGAAAUGGCUAAGUUAAAUACUGUAAAAGUCAAAAGGUGAAUUAAGACUUUUCACUAAAUUAACACAAAGAAUGACAUUAUGGACCAAUUUAACAAAUAAAAAUAUGUAGCUGAA